AUGCAUAGUAAUGAUAGUAGUGGAAAUAAUGGAAAUAGUGAAAGUAUUAAUGUUACUUUACCUAAUAAUAAUAGAAUGGAAGUACUUGAUUACUCUAGUGAUAGUGACUCUGAUGGUUCUGAUGAUCCUGAAAUCCGCAGCGAUGCAUCCAUCGCUUCCUUGGAUGUUGAUGGGUCUUCUCUUGACUCGGUCUACUCGGUUUAUAGUGAGGGUUUUGCUGUUCCGCUGCCUAAGUGGGCUCCCCAUCCUUCCAGGAAGCCCGCCGUUGUGAUUUCGCCUGGUAGGUCACGCUCUGUGUCACCUGCCAAUGGCGGUAGGAGCAGGUCUCCGCUUUCUUCUGGCAAGCACCCCUUGCCUCCUGUCGUGGGCUCCAGGCCUAAGUCUAGGAAGUCCUAGGCUGCUCGCCUCUCCCUUCUUCCCAUUAAAGUUUAACGUUAUUUCGAUCAACGCGAACCGCCUGCGUAUGGCUGAUAAGCGUGCUGGUUUCUUGCAGUGGUUGCAUUCUCUACCUGUUGUCGUUGAUGUUGUCUGUAUCCAGGAAUAUCACUGUGUUUCUCUGGCUGAAUGUGAUUUGUGGUUUCGUUCUUCUGGUUUUCCAAGUGUUGUUUCUCCUGGCUCCAAGAAAUCUUGUGGUUGUGUUGUCCUCUUUCGUCCCACUCUGUCUUUGGUCCAAUCUUGGGCAGAUGAGGAAGGGCGUCUGUUGCAAUGCGAGUUUUCCUUUUGUGACCAGUCCUUUUGUGUUAUUUUGUUGUAUGCUCCCAACCGCAACCCUGUAAGGAACCAGUUCCUUGAGCAACUGGCUGAUGAGGUUGAUCCCUCCAUUCCUACACUUCUUUGCGGUGACUUUAACACGGUCUUUGACCGCAAUCUUGAUUGUUCUGGCUCUGACUCUUCUGACACCUGGAGAGAGAGCUCCGCCGCACUUGCGACUCUCUUUGAGUCUUGUUGCUGCAUUGAUGCCUGGAGGUAUCUCCAUCCUACCUCUGCUGGUUUCUCUUGGACCAGGCCAGACGGCUCCAUAUCUUCUCUUAUUGGCUUAAUUCGUUGUCCUUAUAUCUGGGUGUCGUCUAUGUCCUCUUGUGAUUUCGUUUCCUGUCCUUAUUCUGAUCAUUGUGCUGUGUUGUUUUCUGUUUUUGUCCCUGGCAUUGUGCCGCCUGUUCCUGGUCUUUGGAAGUUGAACGCUUCUAUCCUCAAUGAGGACGAUUAUGUCCAGCUUAUCACUUCUUACUGGGGUGUCUGGCGUACCAAAAUGUUGACUUUUUCCAGCCUUGCCAAGUGGUGGGAGGCUGGUAAGCGGGAAAUUCAGCAUAUCACUCGGGAUUUUUGUGUCUGUCGGGCUAGUGAGACUCGGGCCUCUCGAAAUCUCUUGUGCCGUCUCGCUGACCACCUGAAAUUGUGGUUUGACAAGGGUCUCAUCUCAGCCUACGUGCCUUACCGCUCAGUUCUUAUUAAUCGUCUAGCUGAGUUGGAUCUUGCUCAGGCCAGGGGUGCUCAGGUUCGCUCUCGGAUCUGGUGGGUGGAGGAGGGCGAGACUUCCUCCUACUUCUGUCGUCUCGAGAAGAAGCGCUCUGCUGACAGAUGGAUUUCUACUGUCCGCAACCCUAGUGGUCAUAUUGUGUCUGACCCACAAGGCCUUUGUGAUUCUUUUUCCUCCUUUUAUUCUGGUCUAUUCUCUGCCUCUCCUGUUGAUCCUUCUGGUCAACAGUCUUUACUUGCUAACCUGUCUUCUGUUCUUUCUCCUCACCAGGCUGAGAAAUGCAAGGGUUAUUUGAAUGUGGGAGAGUGUUAUGAGGCUCUCGUGGGUAUGGAAAAAACAAGGCUCCUGGGUCUGAUGGUCUGCCCAUGGAGUUCUACGUUAAGUUUUGGGAUGUACUCGGUCCUGAUCUGGUUACUGUGCUUAAUUCUUGUUUUGACGCGGGUCUUCUCUCUUCCUCGCAACGUCGAGGGGUUAUCUCUCUGCCUUUUAAGAAGGGUGAUCGGCUCGACCCUCGCAAUUGGCGUCCGAUCUCACUUCUUAAUGUUGAUUACAAGCUGGCUGCUAGGGUUCUUGCUGGGCGUCUUCUUAAGGUCAUCCAUCUAG